AUGCAAAGAGUAACCGUUGCUGAUAUGGCCGACGAUGAAGGCAACUGGAAAUGGUCACAAUUCAAACAGCAUCUUCCGAUAAAGGUGAAUCUAUUGUUGACAAAUGCGGAACGCAAGAGACGGAAUCUCACAAUGAACAUCGGCUUCCCCUUAUGUGCGAACCCGGUGGAAGAUAUUGAUCAUCUUCUACGCAAAUGCCCGUCGACAAGGACCUGGAGUGCAGUUGUAAAACGGGAACGGCUGGUAGACUUGUUAAGUACGGAUAUGAAAGCCUGGAUCACCAUGAAUAUCCCGAAUGCAAGAGAUUUUGUUGGGACGAUUGAGAACUGGGAUAUUCUUUUCGUUGCAAUAAUAUGGAACAUUUGGCUCCAACGUAAUGUGAUAGCCUUGGAUAAUCCAUUAGAAGAUGAAUGUCCAAUAUUGGAGAAAAGUAAACAUUGGGUGGAGGUAAUAAGCAAAACAUUGGCGAAGGCUGCGAUUCGGACCAUUUUAGUGCAACGAGAGAACUCUAACAGCAUUAGAUGGCAACCUCUACCCAGUGGGUGGAUCAAAAUUAAUUCGAACUAA